AUGAAAGAUAUGAUCGAUAGCGCGCAUCACGAAGAUGGAGCUGUGUCCUCGGAGGCUGCUUCAUUGCCAGAGAAGGCUCCCGUCGUGGACCUCGACGAUGAAGAAGGGUAUCUCAAGAUCCUUAGAGAAAGACCCGUAAAAAUGUUUUCUGGUCCAAGGAUCAGACUCUACGCAACUUGUGUUAUCAUCUACUUGUGUUCCACUAUGAAUGGAUUUGACGGUUCACUUAUGACAUCCAUCAACACCAUGCAGGAGUACAUUGACUACUUCCACUUGUCUGGCUCUGCUACAGGUACCGGUAUUAUUUUCUCCAUUUACCAAAUCGGUCAGAUCUCCGCUACUGUGUUCAUCUGGCUAGCUGAUUAUAUCGGCAGAGUUCGCACCAUUUUUGCCGGCUGUGUGUUGGUGUGCGUUGGAGCCAUCAUCUCAGCUACAUGUGAUCAAAUCCACACCUUCAUCGGAGCAAGAUUCUUGCUCUCUUUUGGAUGUGGACUGGCUACGGCAGUUUGUCCAAUGUAUUUGGUUGAAAUCACACCUCCAGAGUUGCGUGGUAAUUUGAGUGCCAUGUACAACUCGUUUUACUACGUGGGUUCCAUCAUCGCUACUUGGUCCAUCUACGGAACAUCUAUUUCCCACAAGGGCUCUGAACUAUCCUUCAAAAUCCCUCUUUGGUUGCAAUUGCUGUGUCCAGGUAUGGUUGUUGUGGGUGUUCUCUUCCUGGCACCUGAAUCUCCCCGUUUCAACUAUUUAAAGGACAAAAAGCAGGCAACUCGUGACUUUUUCGUUAAGUACCAUGCCGAUGGAGACGAUACUCACCCUUUGGUCGACUACGAAAUGGCCCAAGUGGAAAUCUCGUUUUUGGAAUUGCCUAAGUUUGGAAUUCGGGAUUACUUUGAUUUCCCCAAACUGUUCACUACCAAGAGUCGUGCAUAUCGCUCAUUGUUAGUUAUUGCCUGGUCAUGGUUUGGUCAGUACUCUGGUAACGCUGUGGUCGGUUACUAUAUGACCACCAUUUUCUUGGACCUUGGAAUCACAAACGCAACCACUAGAUUGCUGCUUAAUGCUGUUAAUUCCAUUCUUGGUUUGGUUUUUGCAGCCUCAGGCUCUCUUCUGGUUGACCGUGUUGGCCGUCGUUUCAUGAUGAUAUAUGCAACCUCCGGGUUCAUUUUGUCUUUCACUGUGAUUGCUGCCUGUAUUGCGGCUUUUGAGAACAACGGAAACCAGGUUGCGGGCCGUGCUGGAAUUGCGUUCAUCUACAUCUUCAACAACGUGUUCUUCUCGUUUGGUUACACGCCAUUGCAGCCUCUAUAUCCAGCUGAGAUUCUGUCUUCUGAAAUGCGUGCCAGAGGAAUGGCAUUAUUCCAGUUGACCCAGGGUGUUGCUUCUUUCGUCAACACUUUUGCGGCUCCAACAGCCAUGGAAAACAUUCGGUACUGGUUCUACGUGUUCUACGUCUUCUGGGAUUGUAUCGAGCUUGUGGUGAUCUAUUUCUUCUUCGUCGAGACCAAACGGCUGACCCUGGAGGAAAUCGAGUCUCUUUUCGAGGGUUCUUCUCCUGUGAAAACCAGUAUCAAAGUGGCCAAACAUCAUGAUGAACAGGCUAAAUUCAGAAAGCAGCAAGCCAAAGAUGAAAAGAAGGCAGCUGCCGAGACACUGGCUAAUUUACAAAACGCUGUCAUCGAUAAUGCUGCUUGA